AUGUACAGGGGUGACCAAGGUUUUUGCAGCAGGCAGUGCAGGGACAAGCAGGUGAAGCUGGACGAGAUCAAGGAGGCCGAGGAAUCCAAUCUCAUAUUCCACCUCAGCAACUCUUACAAUUCCAGCCGCCGACGGAGGCAGCUCAAGGCAGCGCCCCUGCUCCAGAUCUGCAGCAGCGACGGUAAUAUUAGUGCUAAAACUAAUACUAUGAGCAGCAGCGACAUUCCACGGCGUCGGCCUGUACCAGUACAGUACUACUAUAACCGUCCCCUCCCUCUUCCUCCCCACCAACGCCUUGGAUACAUGAACCGCCGACGCCAGCUAGCUCGCUAA